ACCAGGUGGCAGCCAAUCGUAGUACCCGUUACUGGAGAGUCAUCAAAACAAGGUUACUUGGAUAUCUUGUGUGCUGUAGCUAACAUCCUAGCGAGCUAAACCAAUGCAUUGGUCAUUAGCAGCAGUUGGACUCUCCUGUAUCAGUAUGACCCGGCAGUGAUUGUGACCAUUUCCUGUGUGAGAGAGUACCCUCCCUUGGAUCCCCAUGUGCAUCAUCUUCUUCAAGUUCGACCCUCGCCCCGCUUCCAAAAAUGCAUACAGGCUCAUCUUGGCUGCUAACAGAGACGAGCUCUACAGCCGGCCCUCCAAGGCUGCCGAAUUCUGGGGGAACGACAACGAGAUCCUGAGCGGGCUGGACCUGGAGGAAGGGAAAGUGGGCGGGUCCUGGCUGGGGAUCAGUCGGAGAGGGAGGCUGGCAGCGCUGACCAAUUACAUGGAUGCCAGGGUCAAUCCUGACAAACAGGGGAGAGGGUUUUUGGUCCCGAACUUCUUGACGGAGAGCAUGGACAGCUGCUCUUACCUGCGGAAGGUCUCUUCGGAGAGCCACCUGUACAACGGAUUCAACCUGCUGACGGCAGACUUCAGGGCAAGAGAUGCAACAGUGUGUUACUAUGGAAACAAGGGCAGCACUGAACCCAUCAACCUCAAACCAGCAGGGAUCUACGGGCUGAGCAAUUCCCUCCUGGAUACUCCCUGGAAGAAGAUGCUACGCGGGAAGCAGGACUUCACCCAAACCGUUAACAAGAACCUCCCCACGGAUAGCCUGGUCCAUGAGCUGCUCCACCUCCUGAGCAACGAGGAGCUGAACAUGCCUGACCCGGUCCAGGCGCUGCAGGGGGAGGGGUACUCCGGCUCCAUGCUCCAGGCGCUGUCCGCCAUCUGCGUUCGUUUUCCUGGAUACGGAACCAGGACCAACACGGUGAUCCUCAUCGAUGCCGUGGGGAACGUGACUUUCACUGAGCGCAACAUGGUGGGCUGUGACGUCAGUCAGUGGAGCACAAACUCUUUCAGUUUCAAACUCCUGGACUGAGAGACGGGAGGUCACGGGGAACGAUCUGUGCCUUCCUCCACGCCCCAUCCGCCCCAUGGUGCAAGCACAUUUUUUUACAUUUGAUAAUUAUUAUAUUGUUGUGAAGGGUAAAAAAAUCAGGUGGCUUACAUGCUGAAGAAAGUUGAUACUAGCUAGCUAGCUUGUAGAAGCAUUGCGCACACACAGAUGCGCGCACGCAGACGCGCGCACACACACACAGACACACACAGAUACCCAGACGCGCGCACACAGACACACACACACAGACAGCUGUGGGCGUGGUUUGUCAGCCAUGUUUUUUCCCACUCAUUUUCAUGUUUUCUCCUCAGUCUGGAAAUGCCAAAUGAUGUAUUUGGCACUGCUCCUAGCUGCAGCCUCGACUGUCAGGUUUGGAGAAAGCAGGCCGGUACGCAAGCUCUUAUCAUGCCGCGUCACACAGACUUGAGUCUGAGGAGGACCCUGUGCGUGCUGCUCAGCGGGUGCCCCUCGCAGGUCCCUGAUUAACCUACAAGUGCCACUCCUGCGCUAUGAGCCACAAACCUCCUGACCAGGUUCAGAAAGUAAAGAUCCUCCCCAGUGUUUGGUACCAACCAACUAGAUUUACCCAUUAGCACAAUUCUUCAGCCAGGAGGUAGAACUAAUGAGUGAAAUCAGCUGGCUGAGUUCAUUGGUGGAAGAAACACAGGACGGGACUUUAUACCUCUGCUCCUGCCCCACUCAACCCCUCCCUUCACAACAGUCCCGCAUUUUUAAUGUGAAGAAUAAUCCAGGUUAAGAUGUAGCAAUCCUUAUUUUAACCUGAAAAUACUCAUAAUUAUUAUUAUUAUUGUGUGUCACUACCAAAUGUUUUUGUUUAAUAUUUUCAAUUACAAAUAAUUAGAAAACUG